ACCCGAGAGAGAUUUAGGUGUGGUCAACACGUUAUGAUCAGCACACUGGCUGGGGUAGGCUCGCGUCUCAUCUAUCUCCAGCACCAGCAAAAGAAGAAAUCCAACACCAAGCUCUCUCCACAGGUCAACGCUUAGCUUUUCCUCUCCAAAAACCGUGACGUCAUCGUCCACGUCACCUGCAGACCCAUCCCGUCGUCCCUGUUCUCUAUGGCCCCCCGCCCUUUUGCUUUAAGUACCCCCCAUCCCUCCUCCAGUAUAUUCACUCCUCUCAAACCUUCCCACAACUCCCAAAAAUUCUCGACCGACUUCCCCACACGCGCCAUGUACGGUCACAACGGCAACGCAUUCCCACGCGCCAACGACUUCGAGGGCCUGCCAAUGCCGGCCCUGCCCUUCGGGACAUACAACAAUGACUACCACCACCUCGGCGCGGCGGCGAAUGAGUUCAGCAACAACAGCUGUAGCAGUGGCUGCAGCAGCUACGGUGGCUCGCCCACCUAUGCGAGUACCACUACCACUACGACUAUUCAUGAUCAUGAGGUUGAGCCGAGCCUGAUGAUUCAGAGGAGUGUGAGCAGCCACUCGCUCCAGAAGAACAUCGGGACCCACCGGCUCGUCUCGGACUUGCUGGAGCUCGAGACCGGCCCCGUCCGGAGGGUUUAUAGCACCGGCGACUUGGAUUUGCAGAGGAUUAACAAUACUAAUGGGGUGCAAGUGCAGCAAUUGCAUAGCAGCUACAGAUCAUCAUCAGAAAGUAGUCCAUUGUCAAGCGAGAGCAGUAUGAUCAUUGAAGGAAUGAGCAAAGCCUGUCGUUACAGUCCUGAGGAGAAGAAAGAGAGAAUCGAGAGGUACAGAAGCAAGAGAAACCUCAGGAACUUCAACAAAACGAUUAAGUAUGCAUGUAGGAAGACAUUGGCGGACAGCAGGCCGCGCAUCAGAGGGCGAUUUGCAAGGAAUGAUGAAAUUGAUCAGAAGAAUUCCCCUAAUGUUCAGUGGAGCCAAAUGAGUGGGGAGGAAGAUGAAGAGGAUGGCGAUGGUUGGAUCAACCUGCUUGAUGCAUUCUCUUCAAUCGAAUCAAAUUCCUUAAUCUAGGGACAAUGAAACUACUCUAUGUCAAAUGUUUUAGCAAGUAGCUACUAGCCAUAUUAAACUUAGGCUGCUUGGUUUGAAGUUUUAUUAUGCAGAAUGCAGUACUUUAAGCGCUAUUAAGCUUGAAGUAGGUGAUGUAAAUAUAGGUAAUUGUAUCAUUCCUAGAAUGACAAUGUUGAAUCUUAAGGCUUCUAAUCAAUGCUGAAGUUUUUCACUAUCGAUCAACUCAUUAGUCAA